GUUAUAUAUAUUCAUUGAAUACACUUUGGUAUCGUAUGAAGUUCCCAUGAUUAAACAUUAUUUUCCGUUUCCUUUCUUCAUGGGGAAAUUUUUUGAUUCGAAUCUUGUUCAUUUUUACAAGAAAACAAGUUUUUACGAAUCAAUUUCCAAACAUAGGUGCAGAAGAACAAUUUUCAUGUGACCGUUGAUUGAACGAAAUCAGAGCAGUGGUAAAGAAAAAAUCAGAAAGUAGGAAAAAGGAGAGGAAAAUUGGAACAGAACAGUGUGAAGUACAAGAAUAACCAAUGGGAGAGUGGUGGAGGAAAUUUUUUGCUGUUGCGGAAAUGGUAACAAAUUUGUUAUGUGAUACAACUCAUUUUUCGUUGGCACUUCUUGCUUAUUGCUGGAGCAAAAUGGUACCCACUAAAAAGAUUUCCAACUUAACCAGGUUGGAUCCGAUCAGCCAACUCUCAACAAAUGUUUGUCGCAUUUUGGGACAAAAUCCAGGACCAUUUACGCUUCAGGGAACUAAUACGUAUUUGGUUGGAGCAACCGAAGGGAAAAUUUUAAUCGAUUGUGGUAACAGUGGGGUGAAGCAAUACAUCGAUUAUUUGAAGGAAGCACUGGGUAAUAAUACAAUAAGAUUAAUUAUUUGCACACACUGGCAUGAUGAUCAUAUAGGCGGCAUACCGGAUAUUUUCAAACAUGUAACGAAUGGACCUGUACCAGUUCAUAAACUUCGAAAAACAGAUUCGCUAGAGGUGGGCAACAUAAAAUUUGAUUACAUAUCACCAGAAAGUGUCAUUACGGCUCCUGGAGUUACUCUUAGAUGUAUUGCAACACCUGGGCAUACAUCCGAUCAUAUCUCCCUUUAUUUUGAAGAAGAAGGUAGUCUCUUCAGCGGUGACUGCAUACUUGGAGAAGGUACUUCUGUAUUUGAAGAUCUUUAUGAUUAUAUGCAUUCGUUGGAAGCACUAUCGAAACUUAGUGUGACUAGGAUAUAUCCGGGACAUGGGACUGUUAUCGAGAAUGGUUUGGAAAAAAUUCAUGAAUAUAUAACACAUCGGAAGAGACGAGAAGACGAAAUAUUGAAAAUAUUGGAAAAUACGACGGUGGCAUCUAGCAUGCAAAUUACUAAUUUAAUUUAUAAAGAUAUAUCUUGGUCAGUUAAAUUGGGAGCCGUGAACAAUGUGAAUAAACAUUUAACGAAGCUCGUGAAAGAAAAUAGGGUUAAGCAAGUCGGUUUUGAUAGCUAUUGUCUAAAUACUGCUCCGAACGCCGGCGUAGGACAACUUAUUACUCAUGCUCAUAACUGAUUUUUUUUUUAUUUGUUACAUAUACAACAUAAAUAACUCACUUAUUAAACAAAUAAGUGUGUUAACAAAUAAAUACCUAGUAAAAUUCAGCUUAAUUUUAUUCAGAUACGUGUUGAUGCGG